UUGUGGGUUUCUUUAUCGACAAGAUGUCCUGAGAUUCCCAAAACCUUUUUCCAGGCGAAUACUCGCGGUGGGGCAAUCGACGUUAGUGGCAAGAGGAACGCGUUAAUUCGCUGGUCCAUGACGACGGCGGCCAAACCGUCUUCUUCCUCAUUGUGCGAGCACACAAAACGUCCGACGGCCAAACCGCAAACAUUGUCGUUGUUUAAGUCGAGUAUCGUCUGAAUCAAUUAAAACAUCUUCGGCUAGUUUAACUUUGACGAGCCACGACCUGAGAUCUUCUUGUUCAUUGUUACACUUACACGCACAUAUAGUCAGUGUCAGCGCUCGUGCCAUGUAUUCGCGCCCAUUCGAUCAACUGCGGUGAUAGUGUGCCGGCCGAUCAAUUUCAAAACAGACAUAACGCGUACUAACAUUUAAGUGUCUCGCACUGUUAUCAUAGUUCAGUAUUUUUUAGUUCGUUGUGCGAGAGAGUAACAUAAUUUACACGACGAUGGAUGGAAAUCUCUUUAGAGUCGUCGUCUUUCUGAUGGCCGUGUUCAAGGCUCAAGAGGUAUCAUCACAAGACUACGACGUUUCUGAAAUACAGUGUUCGUUUUCAUCGGAUUCUCUGCGGGCGGGCAAAGCGUUACUGAGCGUUAAAGACGUAAUAUCUGCUAGACUGAAAAAACCAGAGGGUUUUAAAGGUCAUCCAUUGUUCGCAGACGACCGAACUGUAGAUCCCUUGAUCGACCCAUUUUGUCAGAUCCGACCGGACUUAUCAGAUGUAUCCCUGUUGACUUAUAACCUAUUGGUCACAGACUUCACAAGGUGCGGUGUCCUCAAGAGAAACGGUUUCGUUCACGUCCGGGUGUGGUUCCCACAGUUUCCCGGCGUGGUCAUGAUGUCCGAUCAAGAAUUAAUCAUUAUGUGCAAACCACCAGAACCGACUGUGAUCGAAAACAAGGCCGCCGGUUUCGCCGGAAGUUUUCCACAUGGUGCAAGAGUAUCAGGAGUUGUUGAAGAGACACCAGGCCGUUUAGAGUAUGAAGUGGCAUUAUACAAAGAAGCUCCUGCUCGAUUAACAAAUUUGAGUCACAAUAGUGAAUUACCAGUCGACCAAGCAGUACCAAUUGGAACAAAGCUACAAUUAAGGGCCCGGAUCAAUCCACAUUCUGCUUGGAAGUUCGUUAAGUUAAUGGAAGUGUCUGUCUCACCAGAUCCAGAUAAUGCUCAUGUGUCUGGAAGCGUUGCUUUGGUAAAAGAUGGGUGCCGGAAUCGCGAUUUUGCAACCAUCAUACCACAUCAACCAGCUAAGUACCGAGAAAGACAUAAUGAGGUAUUUUUAGAUUUUGAAGCAUUUCUUUUGAGUACCAUGAAAGAGCGUUCUACUCUUUGGAUACAUUCUCAAAUAAAAGCAUGUAUGGACGCUGCUGACUGUCAACCUGAAUAUUGUUUGGAUCUUUAUGAGCCUUCAGGACACGGACGCAGACGAAGAAGACAUACAUCAAUGACCACAACAAUCAGUUCGAACAGUUCACAUGCAGCUGACGCAUCUGCAAACAGCACAACGAACUUUGCUAAGUUUAAAGAGAACAUCGAAUAUACUGUUAUCAUGCCAGAAGAUAUCUACCAUGGUGCUGCAACAGCGGUUGAUGGUGGUUGUGGAACAUUUUUGGCUAUAUCUGGAGUACUCGGAUGUUUAUUAUUUAUUGCUGCAAUGACGCUAUGCUAUCUAACAUCUAGACUUCAAGCUGCAAUUGGAUCUAAAUACAUGUCACACCAAGAUCCUUUUGUGAAUUCCAGCAGAAUGGGUCAAUCUAAAUACCCUUUAUCCUAUUCUGGUCGAGCAACGUUAAAUUAACCGUUUUACAAAUCUAUUUUAUUAAGUGAAUUUUCGUUUGUAAAUAUUUUUUUACUAUGAACAGUACAUAGACGCUUGACUCAUGAUUCAAUGUUGUUUAUAUUACAUUCUCCGAACAACUUGAAACAAAUUUAAUAAGAUUUAAACAUUUUACAUUUAAA